AUGUUCACUUUCGGAAACCAAAACGCUGCCGCUCGUGAUGCUGUGAGACAAGCCAAGCUUGCGGCUCCUGAAGCGGCAAGGGAAGCCGUGCGAAAUGCCUCGACUCCGACGUGGGAGGAUGCUGUGAGACAAGCCGCGCCAUCGGUCCCGUUUCCUGAAUGGGCCGCUGCUACCGUUUUCGCCCAAUGGCAAAGUCUGUUUCUGGAGGACGCUCUGAUACUACCUCAACAAAUCCUUCAAAAUUCGAAAAUGUUCACUUUCGGGAAUAACAGCGCUGCCUCGCAUGAAGCUGAAAGACAGGCCGAGCUUGCAGCUCGUGAAGCUGCAAGGGAAGUCGUACGGAAUUCCUCCACUCCGACGUUGGAGGAAUUGGUCCGAUCCAUCAGCCCAUUCUCCCCUGAGUGCUUCGGAGAGGAUGUGGAGGCGUCUAGUCCUCCUUCCUCUGGAAGAGCGUCGGUGGAUUCGGUGGCGUUAUAUAACGCCACCGUCAGGGCUGAGUUGCAUGCAACUCAGUCCCUGGACCGAAUCCAACAGCUCGAGGGUGAGCUGAGCGUCGCCAGGAGGCAGGUUGACGCUCUGCAAUGGAGCAGAGGCCUGCAUAUCAACGAGCUGAAGGAAACGCAGGCCCUAUGCAAGCAGCACGAAAGGAAUCUCACCCGCAUGGUGAGGGAUUUACGGGCAGUACACAACGUGCUGCCCAAGGCCCUCGAAACGCAUAGGGCCAAGCUGCGCGCCCUGCAUCCGGAGGAGGAGGAAGAACUACUCCACCACUUCCUCCAGAAGGGGAACGUGGUGGAAACCUUUAUAGAAAUCAUCACGCACGGUGAAGGCAUGAUACUACCUCAACAAACCUCCAAACAUCGAAAAAUGUUCACCUCUGGAACCAGCAGCGCUGCCUCUCAUGAUGCUGAGAGACAGACCGAGCUUGCAGCUCGUGAUGCUGCAAGGGAAGUCCCUGAAUGUUUCGGAGAGGAUGUGGAGGACUUCAGUCCUCCUUCCUCUGGCAGAGCGUCGGUGGACUCGUUGGCGUUAUACAACGCCACCGUCAGGGCUGAUUUGCAUGCAAACCAACUGAAGGAGACGCAGGCCCUAUGCAAGCAACACGAAAGGGAUUUACGUUCAGUGCACGAGGUGCUGCCCAAGGCCCUCGAAGCGCACAGGGCCAAGCUUCGCGCCCUGCAUCCGGAGGAGGAGGAAGAGCUGCUCCACCACUUCCUCCAGAGGGAACAUGGUGGAGACCUUCACAGAGAUUAUCACGCAUGGCGAAGCCCCUAUGAGGUCGGGCCAGAGAAGGAGGUUCAACCUCCACCGCCCGGACAAGCUAUGGCACGCGGACCAUCCCUGGGUGCGGGUGCACAUGGGCGCCUUACGCAUGGUGAACCUCAGUGUUUCGGAGAGGGUGUGGAAGACUUUAGUCCUCCUGCCUCUGGUAGCGCCACCGCUAGGGCUCAGUCACAUGCAACUCAGUCCUUGGAGAAGAUUCAGCAGCUCGAAGGGGAGCUGAGCGUAGCCAGGAGGCAGGUGCAUGCUAAUGGAGCAGGGGCCUGCACAGCAACCAAUUGA